AUGGCAAAAGCGAAAGAUGCUAUCAGGCAUAUAAACAUUUUAUUAGAAAAAGUGGCUCUUAUGAAUUUGAAAGCAUUGAGAGGUUUUACAUUAACAGAAAUAAAAGGAAAUAUAGAAUUCAAUGAAGUUAGUUUUUCUUAUCCUACUCGUCCUGACACUUAUGUAUUGAAAAAUAUAAAUUUAUCCAUUCCGGCUGGACAAACAACUGUAUUAGUUGGACAAAGUGGAUCUGGAAAAUCAACUGUGGUUCAAUUAAUUCAACGAUUAUAUGAACCAAGUGAAGGUAUUAUAACUCUGGAUGAACGUGAACUUAAUAUAUUAAAUAUUUCAUGGCUUAGGCAACAGAUUGGUGUAGUAUCUCAAGAGCCAGUACUAUUUGAUGAUACUAUAUUCCAAAACGUUGCUUAUGGAAGACCUGAUUAUUGGAAUGUUUCUAUGGAUGAAGUUAUUGCUGCUUGUAAAACUGCUUGUAUACAUGAAUUUAUCGAAGAACUUCCUGAAGGAUAUCAAACUCGUUUGGGUGAUAAAGCAAGGAAACUUUCUGGUGGUCAACGUCAGAGAUUGGCCAUCGCUCGUGCUUUAAUUAAAAAUCCUGCUAUUCUUAUUCUUG